GCUCAGCAGCAGACGGGCUGAGCUCCUCUUAUCCUUACAUUCCUUCUCCUCCACCUCUCAAAUCUUUUUCUGAGGGAGGAACAGCUAUAGCUUUGGGGAUAAUAUAGCUUUAAGGAAACUUUUGGCAGAUGCCAAUGUCCUAACAUCUGGGCAGUGUUAACAGAAUCCUGGAGGCCCGGACAGACCAGGAGCCACUCAUUCUAGGAAUGUUAAAAAGUAGUUUUUCCGACUGAUGAGAGGAGCAGAGAAGAAGGAGAAAGAGAAGAAGAGAGAGUACAAAAACCCCGUACAUCAGAUCCUGCAUUUCUGCUUCCUCUCACUUUUGGAAGUUCAUUGAUGUCUGAUUUCUGAAAGUCAUCCUCCUUUGCCUUGGUGCUUCUGGCCACAUAUCUCUAUUCUUAUCUCCCUAAACCCCCUUCCCAUCCCUCCCCACCCUCUUUUCAAGGAUGGCCAUUCAACUAACUCGAAGAGGAGCUCUCUCUCUGCUGCUCUUCCUCACUCCAACAGUGAUGCCAACAUGGUAUGCAGGCUCAGGCUACUACCCAGAUGAAAGCUACAAUGAAGUCUAUGCUGAAGAGGUCCCACAGACUCCCAUCCUAGACUACCAAGUCCCCCGAUGGUGUUAUACAUUAAAUAUCCAGGAUGGUGAAGCCACAUGCUACUCACCAAGAGGAGGAAAUUAUCACAGCAGCCUGGGCACUCGUUGUGAGCUUUCCUGUGACCGGGGCUUUCGACUGAUUGGACGGAGAUCGGUGCAAUGCCUGCCAAGCCGCCGUUGGUCUGGAACUGCCUACUGCAGGCAGAUGAGAUGCCACGCAUUGCCAUUCAUCACGAGUGGCACCUACACAUGCACAAAUGGGGUGCUUCUUGACUCUCGCUGUGACUACAGCUGUUCCAGUGGCUACCACUUGGAAGGUGACCGCAGCCGAAUCUGCAUGGAAGAUGGACGAUGGAGCGGAGGAGAGCCUGUAUGUGUAGACAUAGAUCCCCCCAAGAUCCGUUGUCCCCACUCCCGUGAGAAGAUGGCAGAGCCGGAAAAACUGACUGCUCGAGUAUACUGGGACCCACCCCUGGUGAAAGAUUCUGCUGAUGGUACCAUCACCAGGUUGAUACUUCGAGGCCCUGAACCUGGCUCUCACUUUCCAGAGGGAGAACACGUGAUUCGUUACACUGCUUAUGACCGAGCCUACAACCGGGCCAGCUGCAAGUUCAUUGUAAAAGUACAAGUGAGACGCUGCCCAACUCUGAAACCACCACAGCAUGGCUACCUCACUUGCACCUCAGUGGGGGACAACUAUGGUGCCACCUGUGAAUACCACUGUGAUGGAGGGUAUGAGCGCCAAGGGACCCCCUCACGGGUCUGCCAGUCCAGCCGCCAGUGGUCAGGAUCACCACCCAUCUGUGCUCCUAUGAAGAUUAAUGUCAAUGUCAACUCAGCUGCUGGCCUUCUUGAUCAGUUCUAUGAGAAACGGCGACUUCUCAUCAUCUCAGCCCCUGAUCCCUCCAACCGAUAUUAUAAAAUGCAAAUCUCUAUGCUACAGCAAUCCACUUGUGGACUGGACCUGAGGCACGUGACCAUCAUCGAGCUGGUGGGGCAGCCACCUCAGGAAGUGGGGCGCAUCCGGGAGCAACAGCUGUCAGCCAAUAUCAUUGAGGAACUCAGGCAAUUUCAGCACCUCACUCGAUCCUACUUCAACAUGGUGUUGAUUGACAAGCAGGGAAUUGACCGGGAACGCUACAUGGAACCUGUCACCCCCGAGGAAAUCUUCACGUUCAUUGAUGACUAUCUACUGAGCAAUGAGGAGCUGAUCCAGCGCCGGGAACAAAGAGACAUAUGCGACUGAACUUGAGUUGGAGCAUGGUUGAGGUCAAGGGAAAAGGUUCCCUGGUCAGCCAAAACUGGGGCCUAAUCAAAGGAAAAAAUGCUUUCCCACAGCUCUGAGGAAAGGACUCUCAGGUGGGUGAGGUUCCCUGAUCCUGGGACAUUUCCAGACACCUUUCUAGGACUAUGUAAUAGUUUCUCAAGCAAGUCUCUGCUUUAGGUAGCACUGGAAGAGCAUAAGAAGCUAGGGAGGGACUAAGGAAAAGCCCUGGGCAGCAGCUUGUGGAUAGAAAGUCUUGCUUCUGCCCAGCUCUCCAAAAUCUUUCAGAGAAGUAAAUUCUAAAUUCACUCACUAA